AUGGCUGAAAAAAGAAUUGUGAUCCUGGGAGACUCUCCUGCAACAUAUACCUGUGCAAUUUAUCUCUUCACUGCCAAUAUAAGGCACUUGGUCAUUCGUCAUAGUUUUGCCUUGGACUACAAAUGUACUUUUGUGCCGGGAUUAGAUGCAACUAGAGACGAGUAUAACCAGAAGUGCUAUGAACAGGCAAAAAAUAUGGGAGUUGAGAUAGCAGAGUCUAAUAAUAAGUGCACAGUUACAACAGAAAAUGGGAAGUUUCUUAUAAAAUACGACUCCAACACGAUUCUGGCUGACUUUCUCGUUUCUGAUGUGGAUCUUGACUUAGGAAACGACAAGAAUCUGUUUGUGGUCGAAAACAAGCUGCCUGAAAGAGAGGCCAUUGUUGUUGCUGGUGUUGGGUGCAUGAUUGCAUUUGAAAUUAAGGAGGCCGUUCACUAA